AACUCUUUAGUCGAUCGAUUACGGACGUGAAGGGCACAUCACUAGCGUCUCUGAAUCGUUCGUUGCGAAAAAUAAUCGUUGAAGCGUACUGUCCGUGACUGCGUUGACUAUUUUAUUCGCAUAUUCCGAUUAUUCUAAUAGUUUAACUGUUAUUUCUUAAUCAUAACUAAUACGCAAUCGUUAGUUAAAUAAAUGGCAGACAAAAAAGUGACGCCGCCGCUGGGCGCGUACCCGCAGCCACAGCCGCCGCAGGGGCCUUUCUUGCCGGCACCGCCGCAGCACGCCGCGCCGCAAUAUGGAGUGGCAGGAGGCUCUCCGUACGGCGUGACCUUCGGCGGGGCGGGUGCAGGCGCUGGCGGCGCCGUGUACGCCCCGCCCCCGUAUGAUCAGCUGCAACACCAUCAGAUACCAGCUCUGACUCAGCAGCUGCCGCAAAUGUAUAGCCCGGCAGCGGCGAUGUACGCAGCGGCAGCGGGCUACCCCGGCUACAUCGGCUACCCGGUGCAAUACUACCCGUACUACCCGAUGCAACCCUCUAUUCAGCCUCUGCGUCCGACUAUCAUGAUCCCGCAGAACGGGUUCGAGGCGGGCGGGCGCUUCGAGGGGCUCGCGCAGACCCUGCUCCCGCCCGCGCCGCCCAACGUGCCGCCCUCGCCCGCCCACCUCGCCGCGCUGCAGCCGCACCAAGUGCUGUGGCGUUAGUGUCCCCCGCAGCCGUCGACCGGUGAAGCCAAUAUAUCAACAACACAGCUCCGUCUCACUCGUAUACCGACACAUCAUCAUCAAUUCAUCAGUUCAGCAACACUUAGAAAAAAGAACUGGUAACCUUGUCAUUUUCACUGUCAGUUUGUAUUGUAUAGAAAUCAAUUGAAGACCUCUAAUUUUAACAGUCGCCUAAAAUGGGAGUCACCAGACUUUCACCCGAAGCAGGCCUUUGGUUCUCCGGCAUUCUAUACGCGGAUCAAAUUUAAGGCACAGACCCACGAGGGCCAAAAUUUGAGCUUACAGGCCAAAUUUGGCCGUGGGGCCUUUGCUUCCAGACCCUUGGUCUAAAACUUCACUAUUUGUUUUAAAUUUUAUUAACAUUAUGAGUCUUAAAACGGAUUUCUAUAGUGGUAUUCGUUUUUAAACUUAAAACGUUGUAUUAAAACCAUUCUUCAAAAAAUUCCUCUUAAGAGGAAAAUCAGUAUUUUUCACUAGAAAUUAGUAAAGUGUCGUAUACGAGUGUAUUUGACGAAAAGCAAUUAAAUGAGAUAUUUUCUUAAGCAAAGACCUCGAAGAUAUCAGUAAGAAUAAUUUAAAUGUAAAGUCAGCCGCUAGAAAUGAAACAACAAAGUAAAGGAUCCGCAACGCGCAUGUGACACUCCUUUAGUUGCAAUCGUCCAUAAGCUACUAUGGCCGUUCACUAUCGAACGGGAUGUUUGAUUGUUUGCCACCACAAUGAUAAGGUAACAACAAUUUGUGUACAGUCAAGUCUGAAAACAUCGACACUAUCGAAGUGCCAAAAAUAUGUAUACACGACCUUAUGGCACAUAUAUUAGGGUAGUGUUUACAUAUUUUUGGCACUUUGUCCGUCUCGAUACUUUCAGGCGUGACCGCACAAGAAAUAUUACGCAUUAAGCUAUGUGAAGAACUUAUAAGUAAUGUGGCGUUUUCAAGCAAAAGGAUAAGGUAUUGUUGGUAGUACAUUAAAGCCCUUUCGUCAUAAAUUCUCAAUUCAUAACAUGCUGUCAUGUGAUUCCAACAUUAUGAAGUUAUAAAAAAUGAAUUUUAUUUCAUGUGGCUGGCUUUACAUGUAUGUAACAAUAUUUAAAGAUAUAUUUAUAUAUUCGAAAGUCGGUCGGUCGGUCAUCGUUAUGACGUCCGUGACAUUUGCCGGCGGUUGACAUUUUGACAAGUUGUCAAAAUUGACAGAAUUUAAGUCAAAAAUGUUUAUUAUUCAAUUUCGAUGAUAAUAUAAUGGUACCAUCAAGCUGGUCUGAUGGCGACCGAAGGUAAUAAAAAUGUUAUAAAAAAUCAACUUUAUUGUCUCAAUUACAGGCAUAAAACUUGUAACUAAUAUGAAAUUUUGGACAAGAAAUAAUAAUAUAAUAAUAAUAUUCUUUAUUGUGCACAACGAAAACAUGAUUAAAACAUCAAUUAACAUAAAAUAACUAAGCAACAACAGGCGGUCUUAUCGCUAAAAAGCUAUCUCUUCCAGAUAACUAUAUACAAAUCAAAUAACUAUAUACAAAUCAAAUAACUAUAUACAAAUCAAAUUUUAAAUCACCAAAUGAAAUAUUCUAAAGUUUUUCAAUAUCAUCUCAAGGUCUUUAUAUUGUUGUGUAAUUAAUUUGCUCAGAUCGGGUAAAUUCGAUUGUUAAAAUUUUAAUGUUCCUAUAGCAUAUACAAGGUGCCCGUGAGCAUUGCGAGACAUUUUAACUAAGCAAAGCAUUCCUGGUAAUAUUUAGAAACUAAAAUGUCAUAUAAAAUUUUCUGGAUUAGGCCUAGUUUCAGAGAUAAUUAAAUGUUUUUAGAAAUCAUUCUUUCGCCAUAAGUCGGUACAAAACACAUUUUUGACUGCGGUAUUGCCACUUUGAGGUCUAGUCUGGACAUACCUAUUGAUUGACAUCGAAAAAUUAAAAAAAUGUAUUCGAGAGGCUACCCCCAAAUAAAAAAAAACCUUUUAGUUAAUUUUAGAUUAUGUAUUUAUCAAUAAAAGUUACGUUUUAUGUACAGGAGUGUUCAAAAAAAGGGAAAAAAAAAACAAAAAAAUUUUUUUUUGUCGAUUUUCACAAAAAGUCAUAUAACAUUUUUUGCUUCUGUUACCAUCAGGAAUGCACCGUUAAAAUCUCUCGCAAUGCUCGCGGACACCUUGUAUACCUGCGUACAUCCGCGAAAAAAUACUACGGUAUAUGUGAAGUCCCCAGCCCGCUUUGGGUCAGCGUGGCUAUAGCCAAGCCCUCUCGAAUAUGAGAAGGCCUGUGCCCAGCAGUGGGACACAUAUAGGCUGAAUUAUUAUUUACCAUAGGCCCGUUCACUAUACAUAUGAAGAAAACUAAGAACCAAAACAAAUUAUUUUAUACACCGUGGGCUGGUAAAACCCGACAGAUUUUAACCACGCAUUCCUGAGGUCAUGAGGAACAAAAAAAAAUAUAUAAGUUUUGGGAAAAUUUGGGAAAAUAUUUUUUUUACACUAAAUUUUUUUUUUUGUUUUUUCUUCAUACGACACGUUAUUUCUUCUUACAUCUUGGCGAAAAGAAAACUAAUUAGUUACAACGAAUAACUAAAGUUUUUUUUUAUUUACACAAUAAAUUGCGAGUUUCUUAUAAAUCUUUUAUGUCUGCCAACAGGUAUAUCUCAAGUCACAUAGUGGCAGCGUCGCAGCCAAAAAUGCGUUAUUCACUAAGUUAUUACAGAAACAAUUUCUUACAAAAAUUGUCAUUAUCUCUAAAACAAGACCGAUUUCAGGAAAUUUUGUAUCACAUUUUAGUCUCUAAAUGACUUCAAGAAUACACCUUUAAAAUCUGUCGGGUUUUAUCAGCCCACGGUGUAUGAGUAUUAUAAAUACAAAUUUUAAACACUAUGAAAUGUCACCCGCCAGCAGUCAUGAACAGAAUCCGGUUAUAUAUUUGACUGUGAUGCCUUUUGCUAUGCCAUAGUGUUUACUAAAACGUCAACGCACAUGUGACACGCUCAUACAAAUAGGCCAGUAAAUAUGAUACUGAUUAAUUUGAAAGUAAAAGCAAUAAGUUUAAAUGUCAUUUUCUCUGGCAGACGAUGGUUUUAACGAGAGAUUGCUACAUUUGUUGUUUCGAAUUUGUUAAGACUAGAAACAGGUGAAUAUAUUCCUACUAUGAUGAAUAUUUAUGUCUUAGUCUAUGGAUCAAAAUUGUGGCAUUAUCUAUGAAAAGGGACCUUAUUGUCGAUGGCGCUUGCGCCGCACUGCGUCGCGCAGCGUUGUAUUUGUAUCGGAGCAUCGUUUAUAACGGCGGACGCGCCAUCGACAAUAAGGUACCGUUUCAUAGAUAACG